GGCGCAACAACCGCCGCAUACCCUAACGUCCAAGAUGCACACCGGUAAUCUUCUGCCUUCUUCUUCUACAGUAGCCGCAUCCCAGGGCAUGUUAAGCAGCGAUGCUUCAUUCCUGCCGCAUCACACCUGCGCGAUGGAAUUCUCCUCUGGCUCCACAACUACGCUCGCUGCUUCUCCAUGACUUCCCACUGUUAGCACAGGACAGCAGCUUGACUCCUACCGGCUCUUUCACAUGCCUGGGCCAUUUAUGUGGAGCCCCUCACCAGUCUCAGUACCAUCCUUCUUCCCUACAGCAGCCUACGAGUUCAUGGGAAAGUCAUCACACAACAUCGGCCGGUCCAUGGUUUAUUCUGGUCCCAAACUUUCUGGUCAGUCCAGAGUUUCGCCCAUGCCGCCUGCUCCUAUAUCUCAUCUGCCAGGUUUUUCAUCACCUCCUACGUAUUUAUCAUCCCUAGCAUCUCAAUUGGCAUUCUCAACCCCGAAUGUUACUAAUAUUGUAACUACACGGUUGAGGAUUACCUACCAUGGCACACCCAGUUUGAAUCUUUUAUCGUAUCUCACAGUCUUCUUGGGAUACUAGAUGAAUCCAUUCUGGUUCCAACACCUACUAUUUGUGAUCUGGCUAGGCGUGACACACCUAAUCUCGACUAUCAUCAUUGGCUAAAAAUUGAUCAAACAGUUAGGUCCUGGUUAUUUUCCACACUGUUUAGGGAUAUUUUAUUAGAGGUGUAUGAUCUAAAUUUUCUCAUUUAAUUUGGGAACGUCUUAAGAGUCAUUUUCAGUCUGCUUGUUUAGCACAUUCCAUGGAGCUUAAAAGAAUGUUAUCUCAUGUUAAGAAGAAAGACUCACAAAAUAUGGAUCAGUAUUUGUUAGAAAUUAAGCUCAUGGCAGAUAAUCUGGCAGCUAUAAAUUCCCCGGUUAGCAAUAAGGAUUUGAUUGAAUAUGCCAUUCUUGGUCCGGGCCGUGAUUACGAGUCUCUCAUCACCGCUAUUACAUAUUUUCCGGGGAAUGCUCACCGACUAGUCCUCAACACCCGGACAGUCCGCUGCAGGAGUUCACGUCUACCCCAGAUGCGUCUCUGGCAGCCUUUGUCCCUACGCCUACUUAUUAAAAUAUUCAUCCUAUGUGUACUUGUUCCAAGGCUGGUAUUCUUAAACCAAAAACUAUUUUUAAUUUGAGUGUUUUUUCUCCACCGAAUGAUCCUACUUGUUUUACACAUGCUAAUAAAAAUAUUAUUUGUCGGGCUGCCAUGGUUGACGAUUUAAUGCAGUAAUUGCUAAUAGGACAUGGAAUUUAGUACCUUGGGACUCCAGUAAAAAUGUGGUUGGUUGUAAGUGGAUUUAUAAGACGAAAUAUUUUUUCUGAUGGGUCUGUUGAGCGUCAUAAGGCUCGUUUAGUUUCCCAAUGUUUUAAACAACAUGCUGACAUUGAUUUUACUGAAAAAUUUUUAGUCAUGUUGUUAAACCUACUAUUGUUCGGCUUGUUCUCUCUGUUGUUGUAUCCUUAGGCUUGUCAGUUCGUCAACUAGAUGUUAAAAUGCCUUUUACAUGGUUAUUUAACCGAGGAAGUCUAUAUUUGUCAACCUCAGGGUUUUGUUCAUCCAUCUUUUCCUAACCAUGUAUGUCGUCUUCGAAAGGCACUUUAUGGCCUUAAACAGGCUCCUCAUGCCUGGUUUCAUAUAUUCAGUGGCUUCUUGUUAAGUCAUGGUUUUGUUAAGUCUGAUUCCUCCAUGUUUGUUUAUCGCUCUCACUCUCAGGUUGUGUACAUUCUGUUAUAUGUCGAUGAUAUUUUAAUUACAGUGUCCUCUGUUUCCUUUGUCAAGUGUCUAUUCAGUUUGCUAUGAAGCAUUUGGGAGAUAUUCAUUAUUUUUUGGGCAUUCGGGCUCGUCGUACACCUUCAAGUUUAUUUCUCUCUCAGACUAAAUAUAUACUCCCUCCGUCCCCCUAAGUUUGUCCCGUUUUACCUUUUUCGUCCGUCCCACUAAGUUUGUCUCAUACCAUAUUUGGUAACAUUUGAGUGGUUAGAAUCCAUUCUUACUUUAUUUACACUUUAUCAAUUCAAUAUCAACCACACAAUUCCACUUUUUCUUAAAAACCACACCACACCCCUCCGUCCCAAACUUAGGGGGACGGAGGGAGUAUCUGAUUCAUUGCAUCGUUUUCUUCUUCAUAUGGUCAAACCUGUGUGCACCCCCCCAUUUCUUCUCGUACUACAUUGUCUCUCACAGAUGGAGAACUCUUAACUGAUGGUACCGAAUACCGCAGUAUGGUAGGUGUGUUACAGUACUUGACUAUAACUAGACCUGACAUUACAUGUGUUGUACAUCGGGUAUCUCAGUUUAUGCAUGCUCCACGAACCUCACAUUUAUUGGUUGUCAAGAAAAUUUACAGGUAUUUGCAGGGCACCUCUACUCAUGGGUUGUGGUUGAAAUCGGAUAAGCACAUCGCUAUCAUCAGAGCCUAUUCGGAUGCUGAUUAGGCCGGAUGCCCAAAUAGUUCUCGUUCCACUAGUUGUUUCUUGGCAACAACUUGAUUUCUUGGCGAUCGAAAAAGGAACCCCCUGUGUCAAAAUCUUCUACAGAACCUGAGUACACGGCCAUUGUUUACACAGUUCAGAUUCAGCACCAGUUCAGUUGCAUUGUGAUAGUGUCUCUGCUUCCUAUCUGGCUGUGAAUCCCAUUCAUCAUGACAGGAGCAAGCACAUUAAAAUUGACUACCAUUUUGUACUGGAGCGCGUGGCCCAUGGAGAUCUCAUAGUUAAAUAUAUUCCUACUCAGUUACAAUUAGCAGAUAUUUUUACUAAAAAUUUAUCUAGCCAACGUGUUGAGUUUUUGCGCUCCAAUCUGCGCGUUGUUUGUGCUGCACAAAUUGAGGGGGUGUAAUAAUAUGUAAUAGUCUAGGGACUUAUGUGUAAACUCUUAAACCUUGUUUUAUUAUAAACAGAUGGUCAAG